AUGCGCCGUAUCAAGAGUCUUGAGACAUCCACUUCCACUUCUGGUUCAUCCACCUCCGUUGCCACAUUGGCCUAUGCAGGGGCUGCCCAUCUUGAAUCAGAAUCGGAGGAUAGUAAUUCAGAUUACGAAGGGAGAUGGAUCCAUAUCAAGAAGCUCCCAUCCCGAUUUAACCUUGAUCUCCUCACCAACUAUUUUGCCUAUCCAAUCUACGACGAUUUCUGCCCUUACUUGGCCAACCAUGGCCUUGGCCACAAGACCCACAAUCGCUCCCACAGCUGGUAUUGCAUUGACCCCUUUAUGCUUGAACUCCUCUUCCACCGCCGCAUCCUCGAGUACCCGUGCCUCACCCCUGACCCCUCCCUUGCCCACGCAAUUUUCCUCCCUUACUAUGGCGCCAUUGACUCUCUCCGCUGCCUCUAUGGCCCCGAAGUCAAUUCCAACGCCGACCAUGGCCUCUCCCACUACUGCUUCCUCCAACAGGAUAACCCACAAAUUUGGUAUCGUUACUUUGGCCAUGAUCACUUCGUAGUGCUCGUGCAUCCCGCCUGGGACUUCUCCCAACCCUUAUCAAACGAUCCCCCUCUUUGGGGUACUUCGUUUCUUGAACUCCCCAAAUUCUACAAUAUCACUGCUCUUACCCUCGAAUCCAGGGCUUGGCCAUGGCAGGAGCAUGCCCUCCCUUACCUAACAUCCUUCCACCCUCUAACCCUUGCUUUGCUCCACUCUUGGAUUGCCUAUGUUUGCCGCACUUGCCGGACCACCCUCAUGCUCUUUGCCGACAGUAGUGGCAUCGCAUCUACCCCCAACGUCCCCCACAACAUCCGUAAUGAAUGCAAGAACAGUAUGACAAUUGGUAAGGAUCCUACUAUUAGUGGCCAAUUCAAGGAUUGUGUGAUCGUCGACCAUAAGUAG